AGUGAAUCUUUGGUUAAUGUGUAACGCUGCUGCUGACCAGCUGGACUUAAGUAAAGGAUCAGAGGACAGAGGACCUCAUUCUGAACCUCACUCAGCCACUGUCGACACGCAAGAGAGUGAAUCAUCAAAAGGUAACAUGCAGAAUCUACGCUCGCAUCUUCUAGUAGCCUUGGUGUGUUGCUGGAUCUCUGGAGGCCAUGCCAACCGUGUCUACAUUCACCCCUUCCAUCUUUUCGCUGUGGAGAACGUCAGCUGUGAGACUCUGCAGAGCUCAGCUGUGAAGCCCCUUGAAACCGUCCCCGUAGGGUCUCUUGACAUCGGGGUUUUGACCCCGGACAGCAGGGACCAGUCAACUCUGGACGCCCAGAAGCAGAACAUGUCAGAGAGGACAGCGGUCCUGGCUGGACUGCUGAACCCUCUCGGCCUGCGGUUGUACCACGCUCUCAGCAGCAAAGAGAACAGCACCAACACCCUCCUCUCUCCAGUCAACAUGUUUGGGUCGCUCGUUGGCUUUUACUUGGGAGCUUCUAAGAAGACGGCACGCUCCUACCAGGAAUUGCUUGGCCUCAGCAGUGGUCACGACAGAGAGGACUGUGUAUCUUUAGUAGAUGGACACAAGGUCCUCAGUACACUGCAAGGCAUCAACUCUCUGGUGGACGAAGGGCCUAGAGACGAAAUCGCCACCCAGGUCUGGGCCUUCGCCCGCAGCGGCGCUCAGCUAUCCAGGGACUUUGUCCAAGGAACGCAAGACUUCUCAGACUCGUCGUUUGUCCGAGGUGUGAACUUCUCGACGCCCGAGGAGGCAGAGACGCUGGUGAACAACUUUGUGGAGAAGACCUCUGACGGGAAGGUCAAGAGCGUCUUCAAAGGCUUGGACCCAACCAACAACCUUCUCUUCGUCUCGUCCUUCAGCUUCAAAGGCAACUGGGUGACAGCUUUCCAACCAGACAAGACCUCCAUGGAAGAGUUUCAUGUGGAUGAAACAACAAAAGUCAUGACUUCAAUGAUGACACGCACGUAUCGCUACCACUACCUGGACGAUAAGGUGAAAAAGUGCACCGUUGUGAAGCUGCCACUCAGUAAUCAGUCCCACAUGCUGCUGAUUCUACCUCACGAUGGAGCUACCCUCGGUCAAAUUGAGGCCAGGCUGCUCACUAACCUCAUGGCAGACUGGCACAAGAACCUUCAGGAAGGUUUGUUGGAGCUUUCACUGCCCAAGUUCUCCGUGUCUUCAGUGAUCGACAUCCGUGAGCUGCUGUCCACCAUGAACCCUCCACUCGAGCCCACACUGCUGGGCUCCCAGGCUGAGUUCAGCCAGCUCAGCAACAUCAAACCUUUCUCCAUAGACAAGGCCAUCAACAGUGUGAUGUUUGAGAUGUCAGGGGACGGAGCAGAACCUCAGGACAGGACCCCAGAAGCAGGCGUCCCUCUGAAGCUGUCCAUCAACAGGCCCUUCUUUUUCGCCGUUAUAGAAAACAAUUACGAAUCCAUCCUGCUGCUGGGCAAGGUCACCAACCCUACAGUCUAAAGGAGAGAAACCUUGGAUAACAGAUGUCCAGACAAAGAAACUGCUGCUGCGUCUGAAAACGAUAUUUUACCAAACGGUAUAGAUGAGAGAUGGAGCCAAAGCUAAAUAAAUCUACAGUAUUCAACAGUGUUUUGUUUUUUAAAGGUCAGCACACAGACUCACUGGAGAUCCCAUUUUAUUAUUUAUAGACUGUUUUACUCUUACUUUUUACAGCAACAAGUUUAAAACCUAUUAGCCUUUUUUUCCCUAAUAUUUACUUUGAUGAUGUAGUCUGCAACACGUUUCAGUAUGUAUAAUAAGGGCAGUUGUCUAUUUGAAAUGAAAAAAACUACUUGAAAUAUUGUAAUAGAGUUUAUUUUUGUUUAAUUGUUAUUGCCUCAAUAAAACAUUGCCAAAGAA